AUGGCGGGCCGAGCCCUACCAGUGCCCACCAGCACUACCACCACCACCACCGCAAACCGGCCACUGAACACGACGACCAAUCAAAGACAGCGAUGGCAGCGCCAUCUACAGGCAGCACCAAUGGCUACCAGCAGCAGCAGCAGCAACAGCAGCAGCAGCCGUAGCCGUACUAGUUUUAAUUACAAAUUUUAUCGUUACCAAUACCUUCGACCCGUAGCUACCCUGUACAUAACGCUAGCGGUGAUUCUAGCAGCAAAUGUCUCAGCAUUCGAACCGGACUUUGUAUAUCCUCUCGAAAACGUGACAGUAGCGAAAGGUCGCGACGCCACCUUCACCUGCGUCGUGAACAAUCUCGGUGGUUAUCGGGUGAGUGGGGAAGCAACCCCGGCCAGGGUCGCCUGGAUUAAGGCGGACGCGAAGGCAAUACUGGCGAUCCACGAGCACGUCAUCACCAACAACGGGCGGCUGUCGGUGACGCACAACGACUACAACACCUGGACGCUGGUGAUCCGCAACGUCAAGAUGGAGGACCGGGGCAUCUACAUGUGCCAGGUCAACACGGACCCGAUGAAGAUGCAGACGGCCUUCCUGGAGGUGGUGAUACCGCCGGACAUCAUCUACGAGGAGACGUCCGGUGACAUGAUGGUGCCGGAAGGGGGCUCGGCCAAGCUGAUCUGCAAGGCACGCGGCUACCCGAAACCGAAGAUCGUGUGGCGGCGCGAGGACGGUCGCGAAAUCAUCGCCCGCAAUGGGACGCACGGGAAAAUGAAAGUGACGAUACUGGAAGGUGAGAUGCUCUCGCUGACGAAGGUGACCCGCUCCGAGAUGGGGGCGUACAUGUGCAUCGCCUCGAACGGCGUUCCGCCGUCGGUGAGCAAGCGGCUCAAGCUGCAGGUACACUUUCAUCCCCUCAUCCAGGUGCCAAACCAGCUCGUGGGCGCCCCGCUCAGCACGGACGUGACGCUCAUUUGCAACGUGGAGGCUUCACCGAAAGCGAUCAACUACUGGCAGCGCGAAAAUGGCGAAAUGAUCAUCUCGAACGAGCGAUAUCUGAUGAACGAGAACGAGAGCUCGAUGUACGCGGUCCAGAUGACGCUCGUGAUCCGCAAACUGCACAAGACGGACAUGGGCGGCUACAAGUGCAUCUCGAAGAACAGCAUCGGCGACGCCGAAGGCACCAUACGGCUGUACGAGAUGGAGCUACAGAAGAAACCCAAAUCGGCCCACCGGCUCAACAGCGUCGAGGACACUUCGGGCAACGACGAGAUCAAUUCUACGCCGAACGUUGACCAGCAGGAGGAGACCAACGGGAAGUUCCACAAAAAUGGCCGCCAGUACAAGGGGUUCCAGGCCGGCGAGCACGACCUAAUUAGCUCCAGUAGCGCAGGCUCCUCCCGCCCACCACGCCCUGUGAAACCGGUCAAUUAUUUAUACAUUCCCACCGUCGGCGUCGGCAUCCCUUCACAUCCGCAUCCCAACGAUACUCCCGAUAUCGGGACGGCGGACCGGCGGACCGGCGGACCGGCGGACCGGCGGACCGGACAGAGCCGCGAGAUGGGGGAAGAUCUCAACUCACCCUAG